AUCUGGCCCAUAUGAAAACUGCCCUGCAGUAACUAUGCCCUAUAUAAGUUAUAUUAAGCGGAAACCCUAGCUAGCUGGCCGAGUUUGUUCUCUGCGAGUCCUGCCUCAUUGACGAAUCUGAGAGACGAUGGGGGCUUACAAGUACGUAUCCGAGUUAUGGCGGAAGAAGCAGUCAGAUGUGAUGAAAUUCUUGCAGAGGGUGAGAUGCUGGGAGUAUCGUCAGCAGCCGUCGAUCGUGCGUGUGACAAGGCCCACCCGACCUGACAAGGCUCGUCGCUUAGGGUACAAGGCUAAGCAGGGCUAUGUGAUUUACCGUGUUCGUGUGAGGAGAGGGGGUCGCAAGAGGCCUGUUCCCAAGGGUAUUGUCUAUGGCAAGCCUACCAAUCAGGGUGUUACCCAACUCAAAUUCCAACGUAGCAAGAGGUCUGUUGCCGAGGAGCGUGCUGGCCGCAAGUUGGGUGGCCUAAGGGUUCUCAAUUCUUACUGGGUCAAUGAGGACUCAACCUACAAGUACUACGAGAUCAUCCUGGUGGAUGUUGCCCACAACGCCGUUCGCAAUGACCCAAGAAUCAACUGGCUCUGCAACCCGGUCCACAAGCACAGGGAGCUCCGAGGCCUUACCUCUGCCGGCAAGAAAUACAGGGGCUUACGUGGCAGGGGACAUCUUUAUCACAAAGCUCGUCCCUCUCGCAGGGCCACUUGGAAGAGGAACAAUACCCUCUCCCUUCGUCGCUACCGCUGAGUUUACUUUUACCUCAUAUGCUCUUUUCAUUGCAAUUUUGGAUUUUAGGUGCAUGAGAUAAACUUGAGUGUGUGUCGUUUCAAUGUUUCUGGUUUCGAUGUUGGCUUGCAUACUUAGACCUUUUUAAGCAUAUCGUAAGGCCUUUUCUGAGUCUUGAUUAUGAAUUACCAACGAGCUGCAUCGCUUUUCUA